AAAGAUGAAGCAGCUGAAAGAAACAAAACAGAAGAAGGGAGAGAGAGAAAGAAAAAAGGAUUUUUCAGACAAGGUGAAAGGAGGAGGAAAAGUGUCCGACAGCUGCAGAAAGAGGGAGGAGGCUAAAACAAAUCAGAGCUGUGUAGAGGUGAACAAUAGAGCGAGAGUAGGUUGAAAGCAAUGUGAAAGGAGGAGAGAAGGUUGCUAUUUGAGUGAACACCAGGAGCUGUGUAUAUAUACAAUAAAACGGAGAGCUGGCUGAAAAGAAGAACGGGAUUUAUGAAGUGAAGUGAUUUGAAGUGGAGAUGAGUCUAACAGUGAUUCUGGCAGCUGUAGUGGGCUUCACCGCUCUGUCUUCUUCUUACUCGGGCGAGAACACCACAAGACCGGCCAUCACAACAGCUGAUCUGUCUCAGGUCAGAGUGUUCAAUGAGGAGAUGGUUAUAGGGCGAGGGGACACUCCAGACAUCAUAGAACCUGAACCCACCACUGCCGUCUCUGAAAUGGAGAGCACUUACAACUACAUCUUGUCUAGACUGGCAGCGAUGGAUCAGGCUAUCCACAGGCUCAAUGUGGGACAUUACACAUUGGACAUUAAAGUUACACAACUGUUGGAAAGAAUGUCUCGACUUGAGAAUAGAUUAGGCGACACUGAGGAUGCCAUUCAAGAAGUCUCGUCCUACUGCAAGGACAAUCGCAAAGAGAUCGGACGACUAGAGGGCUGCCAGAAAGGCCGUAAAAUGGGUUACAAAUGCUUCCUGGCAUACCGUGUGUAUGAGACCUACGCAGAUGCAUCCCAGAAGUGUCAGGAGCGGGGAGGACGCAUGGCUAUGCCACGAGAUCGCAAGGAGCAGGAAGCUUUGGCUGAAUAUGUGAAAUCAGUAUUCCACGGAAACUGGCCUGUGUGGCUUGGGAUCAACGAUGAGCGCUCUGAAGGCCUCUACCUGUUUGAGGACACAACUCGUGUCACUUACUUCCAAUGGAGGAAGCACUUCCUAUCAAGCCAGCCAGAUGGUGGGAAGCGAGAGAACUGUGUAGCCAUGUCCUCAGAUGAUGGAGACUGGUGGGACACCUACUGUGAAAGACGCAUGUAUUAUCUGUGUGAGUUUGAUGUUUGGCCUUGAUAAAUUCCUAAAUGGCUUCUAAUUGAAAUGUUCAAGAGCAGGUGUUAAAUGCUUUAAAAACAGUUGUUGCACAGGUAGAAUUAGGACCAGUGAAUUUAAUGAUCCCAUGAAAUGGUUAGAUAAAUGCUAUUUUCUUUCCUGUUGACAUUUUUCCUAUUGAAACGGCAAGUUGGAGCCAGACGUAAAUAGAGCGUAACCUCCUGUCCCCCUUGAGUCAAAAAGCAAUUCCAUUGGUACCAAAAAAAUUUCCCCUGUAUACAUGAAAAUAGUUAAUGCCUUUUAACUUACAUAUUACAUACAUGUAUCACAUUAUAUUACUGAAGCUAAAACAUGGUAAAAUUAAAAAUGUCUAAGUAUUUUCAGUUAGCAAGUAGUUAGCAAGUAAAGUAGUUAGCCUAUUAGCUCAAGAUAGGACACAGUCUUGAACAGACUUUGAGGAAAGGGGAUAGGAUUCACCAGACGGAUCGUAUAUUGUAGUGCAUAGAGAAGAGAAAUUCUGUAUAUAUAAAUGAUAAUAAUGAAAAAAAAAAACCUGCUAAAAGUUAAUAAAAUAAAGAAAAUACGACAGCCUAUACUGUAGAAGACUUUAAAGCUAAUAGACUUAAAUUCACAAAACUCCAUUAUUCAUGGGAUCUUGAAGCCGGUACUGGAAAUAUUUGUAAAAACAAAGGUUUGAAGAUCAUUGACAUAUGAAAACAUACUGAAAUAUAAUAAAUUAUUUCAUCUUUUUGAUGUUUAAUGUUUGUAUUAUUCCAAGGGUAGUCUACUUUUGCCUUGGUUCUGACAUUACAUUAGUGCUGUUUUAGACGUUUGUUUGUUUUCAUUUUGUUCUAAAAUUCUUUAGAAUUACAGUUUGUUGUUUCAACCCUUUAAAGUAUUUGCUUUCAAAGCUUGAAUCACUUGGCAACUACUGAAGCAAGUCAAAAUUGAAAAAAGACUCUUGAGCUAUGCUGAAAGGUGGAUAAAUCUCCAUUCUCAUUCUGGACAACAUGCAUCUCUUUAUUCAGUGUGGAUUUCAAUAAUCAUAUAUUUUAAAUCUGUUAUACAUUCUAUUUUUAUUAACAUUCAUAGGAAAUAGUAGUCAAACAGCUCAAUAAAAUUAUUUCACUUUAUAUGGCUUGUAUGACUGUAAAAUGUAUGUACAUGUUCAUUUAUUUAAGAUACAGGUUACUGAGUGAAACAGAGGUCAGAGAGGUCUGUGCUACUGUAACUCAACAGAUGAGAAGCUGUGAUGUCCAGAGGGUGUAAACUUCUUAUCAGGAUGGCAAGGAAGCAAGUCAAGCAGUUUAACAUGCUAGAAAGACAAAACAUAAAAGACCCUUUUCUCCAGGACUUCUCCAGGAAUGCUGAGAAUGAGCAGAGACCGCAGCCAGAAUCUGUGGAACUGAGAGAGAGAGAGAGAGAGAGAGAGAGAGAGACAGAAAGAGAGAGAGAGAGAGAGAGAGAGAGAGGUCUUUUAAUCCAUUUUCAAGAGUCCUAGACUACUGGGAGGCAAAUGUUUAUUCUAUCUAGUAUUAUGCAAUGUUUGGAAUUUGUUUUAAUGGAUUUGACACAUUCCACAAAUAGCAUGAAUCUCUUAAAACCAUUAUUUAUUUAUAUUUCUCAUUCAACAAGAAAGGGCAUUAAAAAAGUAGUGUAACAAUCAUAAAAUCCUGAUGGUUUACCAAUAAAUUGGAUGUCAUUAAAUUACUA